ACCUCCGGGCAUCGGGCUGUUCCGGACGCGUCCUCGGAGUGAAAGGCGACGUGAGCGAAACAUAGCAACGCAGUGGUUUUGUGGACCAGCGCCAGCGCGUAACCCACCAUAUAGGCUGCUGCGAUAGCGAACCUGAAAAGAAUAACAAAAUGUCAGUCUACGCACGACACCACAACAACAGCAGCAGCCGCCGGCAAUCGGGACGGAUCGGGGCCGUGGCGAAAGGGUUGUUGCUGUUGGCCACGGUUCUGCAGACCGUGACCACGGCAUGCCAAGCGCAGCGAGUAGGUGAUCGCGAGUACAAACCGGAAAUGGCCGAUCUCUACAUUACGGUGAACGCGCGGACCCGCACCCUCGAGUUGGCGUGGCGCAAUUUUGAUGAUCUGUCCAAUUACAUUCUGCUGGCCGAGCGGUACCCGGUGCCGGCGUUCCAACCACGCUACUACUACUACACGCGCCAACCGGCCGCGUCCACCACUCCCGGUCCACCGGGGGACGAUGCGGCGGUGACUGGCGGCGGCAGCACGCCGGAAGUGACCACUGGCGGUGACAGCGUUAACGAUGGCAGUACCACCGAAAAUAGCGCAUCGACGACCGACGACGAGACUGGCGAGCUGGAGGUCGAGUGGGACUACGACUUCCGGGACGAGCAUGGCGUGCGGAAGAAGGAAGUUCUAUUUUCGGUGCAACCCAUCUUCGCCAACGGCUGGACCCGGACCGACAUCAAGUUCAACUACGACCUGAUGAAGGAAGCAAACACGACGACCGGGUGCUACGGGUACUACGGGUAUUUCGUGAGCCCCAACGGCACCGUGCUGGAUGUGCACUGUAUGAAGCUGUACCCGACCUGGAUGAACGAUCUGCGGUCGCACCUGAGCGGGUUCCGUGUAAAGGAGCUCUUCCUGCCCGGGACGCACGAUUCGGCGUCCUAUAAGCGCAAUUUUGACCCGCAGUACCAGGAGAACAUUGUCAGCAAGUACGCACUGACACAGGACGACGAUAUACGGUCGCAGCUGCUGCUGGGCGUCCGGUACAUCGAUCUGCGCGUCGGAUACUACAAAUCGGACCGGGAUCAGUUCUGGGCCAAUCACGGUAUCUCUCGGAUGCACCCGCUGGCUCAAGAUCUGGAGCAGAUCCGGCAGUAUGCGCUCGAGACGAAGGAGAUUAUCGUGGUGGAUGUGCAGGAGUUCCCGGUGGGCUUCGGCAAGGGUUACGACGUGCACCUCAAACUGAUCGAUUAUCUGCAGCGUACGCUGGGCGAUGUGAUGGCAGCCCCGGGUGCCGGCUGGUCCCGGACGCUGGGCGAAAUCUGGGCCGGUGGCAAAACGGUGCUCCUGGCGUACGACAAUGAGUUUGCGGCCAGGGCCUUCCCGGAGGUGCUGUGGCGUUCGGUCCAGCAGCGGUGGGGCAACGUGCAGAAGGUGAACGAUCUCAAAAACUACCUCUUCAAGGUGCACGAUCGUUACAGCUGGGAGUACUCUCACCGGCCGGUGGCCGACAUGGCCGAGCUGACGCCUGAUCCGUGGGGUGUCAUCACGGACCGUUAUGGGGGUCUGCGGAAGAUGGCCGACUCCGUGAAUCGGUUCGUCACCAAGUGGUACUUCGAGGAUCUCGGCCCCACGGCCAACGUGGUAGCGGUGGACUUUCUGCGCGGCACCAGCAUUGUGGACGCGGCGAUAUACUGGAACCUGAAGCGCGUACCGAGUGGUCAAUAA